GCCUUAGACUGACUUACCUCAACCCCGCAUUCGGUCAUCACGACUUUGCCAGCACUUCCACCCUCUCUCACGCAUAAUCGCUUCGCGUGCAUACAGCAAAAUGUCCGCCGCCUGCAUCUUCUGCAAGAUUAUCAAGGGUGAUAUCCCUUCCUUCAAGCUCUUUGAGAGCGACAAGGUCUUCGCUUUCCUUGACAUUCAGCCCCUUAGCAAAGGCCACGCGCUCGUCAUCCCUAAGUACCACGGAGCCAAGCUCACCGACAUCCCGGACGACCACCUCCAGGAACUUCUGCCUGUCGCGAAGAAAAUCGCCCAGGCCGUGGGCGCCACCGACUUCAACAUCCUGCAGAACAAUGGCCGUAUAGCGCACCAGGUCGUUGACCAUGUUCACUUCCACAUGAUCCCCAAGCCCAAUGAGAAAGAGGGUCUCGGCAUCCAAUGGCCCGCUAAGGACGCGAAUAUGGACGAGCUCAAGGCUUUCUUCGAGGAGCUCAAGGCUAGGAUCUAAGUGGAUUAGCUUCGAGUAGCCCUUAUUAUAUGAUAGUUGUCUUCCGGAGUCCGCGAGACUCUCGUUAGUAACUGCACACCC